AAGAUUAGACAAGAAUCAGUGAACUGAAAUAAACUAGGCUGCCAAGAGUGACGGGGCGACUUUUCUUGUUGUUUAGCGCCCUCUGCUGGAGGCAAGUGAGCAAAGAUGAUGAAAUCUGCCCACUGGACAGAAAGUGGCUCCAUCAAUUUUAAUUAUCGAGACGGUUAACGGAUUAACUUUUCAUAUAGCCCAAAUUCCCAGUAUAUAAAAAACAAAAAAACAAGGUUUGCAUGCCUUGUUUUGAAGCAGUCACGCAUGAGACGGUGCGCUGGAGACAACAGAUCUGAGAGGAUCUCUACAGCAGUGAGUGAUGGUUUUUCAUACAGAGGAACCUGUCUAACGGGAUUAACGAUGCCAUUCAGAAGAAGGAUCUGCAUCCGUGGACUAGAAAGUGAUGUUUGUCAAAAUGAUCAAACAUCAGGAAUCCCUUAAAGGAUGCGAUAUGAUGCAUGCACUGGAGUUUUAAAGCACAAAGAUAAUCUCAUCUACCCUGCCAUCUUCAGUCCAUGAUGAACGGCACCUCAUUCACACUGAAUCUCUCUAGUUUAAUCAACGGGACAGAUGUGGCGGUUUCUGGUCCCGUCACCUGGAGGAUGGCCAUGAUCACUCUCAUAACCAUCCCGCUCUCCAUCAUCACCAUCAUAGGCAACGUCCUGGUCAUGAUCUCUUUUCGAGUCAACCCUCUUCUGAGGACAGUGAGCAACUACUUCCUCCUGAGCUUGGCUGUGGCCGACUUCAUUUUGGGCGCCAUCUCAAUGAACCUCUACACUACCUACAUCCUGAUCGGCCAGUGGACUUUAGGAAACCUAGCCUGUGAUGUGUGGUUGACUGUGGAUUAUGUGGCAAGCAAUGCCUCUGUUAUGAACCUGCUGGCCAUCAGCGUGGACCGCUAUCUCUCUGUCAUGCGACCUCUGACCUAUCGGGCCACUAGAACGCCCAGAAGAGCGGCAGUGCUGAUUAGUUUAGCGUGGACCGUCUCGUUUGUGCUUUGGGCUCCAGCUAUUUUGUUCUGGCAGUAUAUAGUGGGUGAACGGACUGUUCCAGAAGGAGAGUGUUCAGUGCAGUUCCUGUCUCAGCCUGUGAUCACAUUCGGGACAGCCAUCGCUGCGUUUUACCUGCCGGUGAGCGUGAUGGUGGCGUUGUACUGGGGGGUGUACCGCGUGACAGAGAAACGCUCUCAGCAGCUCGCUGGACUCAUCGCUUCACAGGGAGGACGCACGGGAAAUGCAUCUCAGAGAUCAUGUCAAAGCAAUUCUUGCACCGUUGAAGAUGUCAGACCACAAACGGAUCAGAACCAGCACAAGAAGACACACAGGACCAUCUGUCCAAUCAUCACCCACCGGACAGCAGCGUGGUGGAAGAAACGAAGGGAAAGAGACGAGAUGUCCAGCUCGUAUACCACAUACAGCCAUCCACAGAUGGACACAGACACGGACGACAAUAGCAAAUACAUUCCACUCGUUCGGAUGGAUAAAACUGCGGUCAGUGAGUGUAACGCCACCAAGAGGAGCUGUGAGUCGGGAAGUCAGAAUUCACUCAGUUCCCCUAUGAAUCCCACAACCAUGAGUUCUGCUCAAGCUCCGGCUCGAUCGCUGACCGCGGACCAGCAGGGCCAGCAGGGCCGCAAAGCCCGGACCUCGUGUCUGAUCAGGGAGAAGAAAGCAGCCCGGACCCUCAGUGCCAUUCUCCUGGCUUUCAUUGUAACAUGGACCCCCUACAACAUCAUGGUCCUGGUGUCCACUUUCUGUGACGACUGCGUUCCUGAGGGCCUGUGGCAGCUGGGAUACUGGCUCUGCUACGUCAACAGCACGGUCAACCCCCUCUGCUACGCGCUCUGUAACAAGCACUUCCGGGUCACGUUCAGGGCGCUGCUGCUCUGCAGGUGGAAGGAGCAUAGGAAGGGGAUCAGAUGGGCCCCGACUGGGAACGGCUGAUUACAUCACGAUGUUGGGUUUUCUCUUCAUGAUAUAUCAGUGACAAAUACUGAUCUUUAUGAUGAUGCCAAGGCUUGAAAAGAUCCUAGACAUCAAAGUUGUGCUUCAAAUGUAUGAAGUUCAGACCAGCUGUUUGUGAAAUCUUUGCAGGGCAUGUAGCAGUUCUUAAAUUUUAAUUGCUUUACUUGACACAUUCAGAAUAUAAAAUGUAGCAUCUGGGUAUGUGUUUAUCAUGCAUAAACCCUUUAAUCCUCUGGUGAUGUUUGGUCAAAAAUCUUACGUCGUUUAUUAUUAUUAUUUUUUACUUCAUCAGAAUGGUACAAGACUUGGUAAAGGUUUUGGCACUUGUUACGUGAACACAAAAAAAACUUUUUAGUUUCACUUUUUAAACUUUUUCUUUUUUUCUUCACUUCAGCUAUAAUUUGCCAAGUGUCUUAUUUAAAAAGAGACCAAACUUAAGUCUGUGCUCCAAAGCAUUUAAGCAAUUCAUUUUCAGGUCUACGCUCAGUGGUUAAUAAAUGGAUCACAACUAUUCCAUAAAUAUAAUUUACUACAAUAAAAGCACAAAACAUUAUAAAAUUAUAAUAUAGUAGACAAUUUGAAGGAGGAUUUAGAAAGAGUCCUUGCAUCUCUCCCUGGGUGGAAGGAUUAACCAUUAAGAUGACUGUUUUGCCAAGUUUUUAUAUUUUUUCCAAUGUUUACCAAUAUUUCUCAAUAUCAAUCUUUCUUGCGUAAUUUAAAUGCUCAAAUUAUAAGUUUUAUUUGGAAUAAAAAGCAUCCUAGGGUAAUGGAUAAAACAUUACAAAGACCCUACAGUUUAAGAGGUCUUGCCCCUCCAAAUUUUCUGUUUUAUUACUGGUCGGCGAAUAUUAGGGCAAUUUUAUACUUGCUGGAGGAAGAUGAGACAUCAGCCAGCUGGGCAGAGAUAGAGAAACCAUCUAUUCAAUACAACCCUCAGUAUUAUGUUCUAAGCUGCCAUUGGCACAUCCUUUAUCUAACUUUACACUCUCCCCCAGUUGUGUUACAUUCUAUCAAAAUUUGGUACCAGUUUAGACGUCAUUUGGCACUUAAUGAUCUCCCGCUUGCCUCACCUGUAGCGCAGAACCACAUAUUUACUCCAUCUACGACAGAUGCAGCAUUUGAUUUAUGGUCAAAAAAUGGUAUUAGGUCAUUGUAAGAUUUGUAUUUGUAUGACACAUUUGCCUCCUCUGAACAAUUAGUCCAGAGAUUUGCUUUUCCUAAUACACACUUUUAUAUGUAUUUACAACUUAGAAGCUUUGUAUCAUCGAAUUCAAACUGUUUCCCCUGUUGUCCUCAUCGAUCUCUCAUUGAUUCUCUUCUCGAACAUAGGUGUGGAGAAAAACAAUCCAUUAGCAAAAUCUAUGGACUACUUAAUCUACUUAAUCUGGCUACUUUAGAAACUUUAAAACAAAAAUGGGAAAAAGAAAUGGAGGACCAAAUUAGACAGACGAUUGUUCAGUUUAAAAUUAUACAUCGUCUUCGUUGGUCUAAGGACAGACUGGCAAAGAUUAAAAGUGAUGUGAACCCUAUAUGUGACCGAUGUAAGCAAGCUCAUAUGGUCAUGUCUGAAAUUAAUAGAAUAUUGGGAUUCAGUUUUCAAGACCUUUUCUAAAAUGUUUGGUUCCAACCAUGCUGACAGCAAUAUUUGGAGAUGUUACUCAAGACUAUAAUCUAAGCAGAUCCCAGUCUGAUGUUAUUGCUUUUUGUUCAGGUCUAACCAGGAGGUUCAUUUUAUAUAAAUGGAAAGACUUUUCGCCUCCAACAUACAGACACUGGAUUAAAGAUGUUAUGUAUAACAUACAAUUGGAACAGCUCCGAUGUUAAAUGAAAGGGUCAAAAAACAGAUUGUUUACUUGUCAACCUUUUCUAACCUUUGUGGAGAACACUCCUGCUGAAGAAUUGUACUUUUGUUUUUGUAAAGGUCUGACUGGUAUAUAGGGUUGUUUUUUUGUUGUUGUUUGCUUGUUUUUUUUUAAAGUUCUGUUCUAUUGCUCCGUUCUAAAAAAUAAAGAAAAAUAUUGGGGGAAAAAAAAGAUACUGUACAUUUAUUUCAUUGAAAACAAAUUUGACCAUCAGGUGAGCAACACCAGAGGGUUAACAUACAAACUUUGUACUAGAGCUGCAGACAUGAAAUUAGUAACAGUCGUGAGAAUUAUGUAUAAAAAAAUAAAAUUCAUACUGCAUUACAAAAGCUCUUAAAUUGUAAUUAUAUACAUUUUAAUCUAAAAUCUUGAUGUUAAAAACUAUAUUUAAAAAAAACAUCU